AUGAAUACCCCUACCGAAAGGCUUCCAUUCACUGUGAGAGCUGUUAAAGAUGGGGAUUGGAUUUCGCGCACUAUCAACCUCCACGGUGUCCUUAUCAUCCUCUUGGUGUCUAUUAUGGCUGUCUUCUUCAAGUGGGCUCGCGAAGAUCCUACCUCUAGUGAGAAGAUAUCCCCCGGCAGUCCCGUGUCGAAAAGGGAUUUCGAGGAAAUUGUGAACGGCUUUCUAUCCGACAUCUCAUACCAAACCCCCAAGUCUCUGCUUGACGUGGGAUUGAAGACUCGAGUCCAGGAGACUCUUGAAUCCCAUGGCGUCUCACGGGAUCUCAUAGCACAGAUCGAUAGGUGCAUCAAUGCGGCGGUCAACAUUGCCUACUAUACCUAUCCAUUUGCCUCGCGUGAAGCCCAAGAUGCCAUUGCCAUAUUUACUUCAUACGUUAUCUCCAUUGACGACUUUGUUGGUGAUAUAAUACCUGAGUUGGAGAAUUAUGUCUCUGAAGUGACUCUCGGGCAGUCUCACCAACACGAGCUACUCCGCGGUUUCACCAAACAUCUGGCGAGCAUGCAGCGACUAUUUGGGAACUUCGGCGGUGAUAUGAUUGUCAAGGGGGCGUUGGAGUUCGUUUCAGUGGCCAUUGUUGAACACAGGCAAGAUGAACAGAGGAAAGUCCAACGGUUGCACUUUCCACGCGAAGCUUCCGACUAUCUGGUUUACUUUAGAGCGAAAACGGGGCUUGCUGAGGUAUUCGCCUUUUUCUGCUUUCCAGAGGACCUCAAUCCCGAGGACAGGGACUUGACAGGAUACAUCGCAAGUAUUCCAUUUCUCAUGCUAUUUUUGGCGGAGGCCAACGACAUCCUGUCCUUUUACAAGGAGCAGAGCAAGGCUGGAGACUCGGGCUUCGUCCAUGACUAUUCCAACGUAAAUGGCCUCACCUCUCUUCAGACACUACGCAAACUUCGCGUUGAAACGACCGAGCACGUACGGAAAAUUCGCAGCAUAUUCUCAAAUGAUCCUGUGAUGACUGAGCAGAUUAAUCAGUUUAUUUGGGGAUACGUAUCUUAUCAUGUUUAUGCGAGGCGAUAUAGAUUAGACGAAUUGAAUGUCCCUCCUGCUGUUGAGGCAAAGAUGCGCCUUUAG